GCUUCUUCCCCACAUGAGAGCUGGGAUGUCCAGCAACAUUCAUCUAGAAGACAUUUCCCGCACUCAAGGCACUAAUACACCUCCAGCGUUGUGUGGGAUCCCUGAUGUACAGGAAGACAGGACUUCAGUGAGGAACAUUUCCCUCACUCAGGACAGGAAAGUGGCUUUUCCCAAUUGUGAGAUCUCUGAUGUGUGUAAAGAUUGGAUCUAUGUGAAAAACUUUUCCCACACUCAGGACAAGAAUAUGGCUUUUCCCCCGUGUGUGAUCUCUGAUAACAGGAAUAUGGCAUCACCCCCGUGUGAGAUCUCUGAUGUAUGGAGAGAUGGGACUUCCGUGAAAAACAUUUCCCGCACUCAGACAGGAAUACGGCUUCUCCCCCGUGUGUGAUCUCUGAUGUCUGGAAAGACUGGACUUCACUGAAAAACAUUUCCCGCACUCAGGGCAGAAAUAUGGCUUCUCCCCAAAAUGAGACCUCUGAUGUUUAUAAAGAUUGGAUAUUUGUGAAAAACAUUUUCCACACUCAGAACAGGAAUAUGGCAUCACCCCCGUGUGAGAUCUCUGAUGUGUGGAAAGAUGGGACUUCAAUGAAAAACAUUUCCCACACUCAGGACAGGAAUACGGCUUCUCCCCCGUGUGUGAUCUCUGAUGUCUGGAAAGACUGAACUUCACUGAAAAACAUUUCCCCACACUCAGUACAGGAGAAGCUCUUCUC